GCCUAUGUCUAUGGCUGGUACUAUGUUGGGGCAGCACUAGUACAGAAUCAGUUCAUGAGUGCCGAAUUCGUUAUCAAUAAAAAAAAAAAAAAGGCUUGAUCCCUCUCAGGCUUCUCUCUGGUUACAGUCACAGGUCACAGAUAUUCAGAUUAAUCAAAUUAUUUUCACGCCAUCGAAUUUUUAACAUGGGUAAAAAUAAACAAGCACAUCGAACCAAAAACAAUGCACGGCCAUCAAAUAGUAGUCGCAGUGCAGAACUUUUGGGGACUGCAAUGCCCAAUUAUGUUGGUUUCUCAGCAGUUAAAGAUGGAGGUUAUGUUCCUGUUUUACCUGGCCUAUCCUUAUGUUCUUUAAAUAAGGGAGAAAUAAACAAUGUGGAUGCUAGUUUUCAAGUAAUACUAAAAAAAAUGAACAAAAAAGAUGCUACAACAAAGUACAAGGCAUUGCAAGAGUUUGCAACUUUGUGUCAAGAUGCUGAAUUAUCAAUAAUCGAAAGCAUGUUGUCUUUUUGGCCACGACUGUAUUGUGCUCUAUCCAUUGAUAUAGAUCAUAGAGUAAGAGAAGCUGCACAGUUAGCACAUGCAGCAGUUGCCAAACGUAUAGGGAAAGGAAUAGCGAUAUAUUUAAAACAAUUGGCUGGUGCUUGGUUUAUUUCUCAAUAUGACACAUAUCCUCCAGCAUCCUCAGCUGCUAUCAAUUCUUUCAAUACUACUUUUCCACCAUGGAAGAUAAUUGAUGCAAUUGUUUAUUACCAACGUGAAAUUUUAGUAUAUAUUAAUGACAAUAUCACUGUACACACAGCUCAAACAUUAUCAAUGCAAAAAUCUCUUACUAAAGAAGAAAUGGAAGCCAAAUAUCAGAGAGUAUUAAUAGCGAAUCUGCAAGGAUAUAGUUGUUAUUUCAACAAAGUUCCACUUCAUGAAAUAGACAAAAUCUUAGAGAUUCAUAACAAAAUUUUGAACAAUCCAAAAUUUUGGAAAUUGGCUAAACACGAUGCUUUGCCAAUAAAAACAGCUUUCUUUAAUGUAUUGACAUCUAUAAUGGAAAAUGCAGAAAAACUGUUACAAAAUGAAAAGAAAAGGACAUUGACUACUAUUAUGAAUAGUCUUGAUGAAUCUGAGCCUGGAAUUUUAUCAGCUGUAUGGGAAUCAAUGCUCAUUGCUACAACUAAAAUCGAUGAUUGGUAUUUUGUCGUAAAUAUUGAUAAACUCGUACUACCGAAAUUAUGGCAUGUUCUACGAUCUGGCGGUCAAUGCUGCGCCAGCACUGUUUAUCCAAAUUUGUUGCCUUUUAUCAGUCAAUUUUCAAAGCUGAAUGUCAAUACCAAUGAUCUGUACAUGAACUUCUUUGACAACAUGCGUCAGGGAUUUUUUGCCAAAAGUGUGCAAAUGAGCCGCUCAGAAACGAUGGCUAUAGCGACCUCUUUUGUCGAAUGCCUGCGUUAUUCAAUUCUCAUAAAUGUCGAAAAUAUAGAUUUAUGCAUUUGUCUUCUCAAAGAACAGCUUAUGUUAUUUAUAGAAGCAUGUAUGACAGAUAGCAUUUCUAUGAAACAAUUUUGUUUUGCCAAAGUAGCACAUUUAGUACGAUAUUGGAGUAAAAAUUGUACUAAUGAGGGAUAUAAAGCAUAUAUUUCUUUAAUGCAGCAAUUUUGGAACGAAUUGAGAUUGUUAUUUACCAAGCUCAUAAAUAUAUCAGGAGAUAUUGUAACAUUACAUACUAUAGAUACAAAAGAUUCUCAAAUUGAAUUUUUAUUAAUUUUAAAGAAUUUACCAGAUUACAACCAUAAGAAAUUAAAAGUAAACUUUUCUGAUUUAAGUAGUUCUAUUGCGAACCAGUCAAAAGUAAAAGUUACCGAUAUUUCUACAGAUACAGUUUUUAACGCGGAACUUUACGAGUUCGUAAAUGCACUCUGUACAAUUUAUUUUAAUAACAUGAACAACCAGCAAUCUAUUGAAUAUAUCAAACAGCUGAACAAACUUAUAAAACAUUUUGCAAGUAGAGAAUUGUUUGUUGCGCUUUCAAAAUCAUUUAAGUUUGAUAAGGAUUUCUUUGAAUUUUACAAUAAUAACUUAAGACCCUUAUUAUUGAAAAAUCCGGAAAUAAUAGGACAAGUUACUGAAUUAAUAUUCUAUUUUAUUAAAUAUAUAAAUGAUAAAGAAAAGAAUGAAGUUUUAAAAUCGUUAUUUGAGUUAAAUGAUAUGGCAAUAACAAAGAACGUAAUAUAUUGUAGUUUAUCUGAAAGUAAUAGAAAUGAUCAUAUAAUAAAGAAAUGGUAUACACAAACUAGUGUAACCAAAUUACUAAUUUCUGUAGCCAAAGAAAUUGUUUCACCUGGACACAAUAAUUUAGAAAAAAAUCAGAAUCUAAUUUUGUUAGCUUUUGAAACUUCGGCAACUGGAGGUUUAUUAGUAAAUGAUGAAGGGGCAAAUGAGAUUGUGUCAAUAUUUUGCGACUCAUUAAAUGAAACAAAUGAUAAUUGCUCUAUGGAAUUUAUUACAUUUAUGACGAGGUUAAUGACUUUAAUAUGGGGUCAAAAACAAAUAAUAUUAUGUGCUAUACAGAUAUUGAAAACGUUUUUUGAAUUGUGCACUCGAGAAUAUGAUGAUUUAACUACUGAUAUUAUGCGCAACAGUUGGAAAGAAGGACUUGUAAAAAGCAAUGAGAUAUUAUCUGAUUCAGAAUUUAAUGAUCUUAUUAAAAGAUGUGCAAUUAUUAUUUGGAACAAAAUAUAUAAUACAUGUCAUGUUAAAGAUAUAUUAAUGAAUUUGGCAACAGAUGUUUUAGAAAUUAUAAUUAAUAAUAAUAACACAAAUUCUCAUUGCAUUAAUGAAACUAUUUUAUUAUUUCUAACAGCAUCUGAUAUAAAAUUAUGGAUUGCAGAAGCAACCACUAUUGCGAUAUAUGGUGAAAUAAUGGCAGGCAACUUAUAUAUAUAUAAUAUUGAGAAGAAGAUACGAAUUUUCGAGCAUUAUAUGUCUAUUGAUAUAACGAACGAUAUAACUUCGGAUAAUAUGACCAAUUGUUUAUCAUGGGCUUUAUUUACCACAGAUUUGCUUAAUAAUCUGUAUAAGAGAUUAAGAAGUUCUAAUACUACAGAUGUUAACAUAAUGUUAGAUUCAAAAGAAGGUGUUGAAUUAUAUGAUUUAAAUUUACCAGGAAUUACAGAGAUAUUGAUAAAUAUUACGUAUGUAGCUAGUGUAGCUGAGAUAUACAAUAAACAUUAUAAAGCCUCUAAGCAUUAUAAUGAUGUUAAUAAGCUUUAUGAUUCAUUAAAAAGCAGUUUUACCAAUUUGGAAAAAUAUUUUGGGAAAAAUAUCCAUAGUGAUGUAUUAUCUCAUAUACAAAAAAAUCAAUCAAAUUAUGGAUAUAUGUUGCCAUAUAUAAUUCGUACACAUUAUGCUGAAUUUAAAAUGAGUGAUAAUCCUGUAGAGUACUAUGAAAAUUGCAAAAAUAAUGAAGAAGAAUAUGAUGAAGAAACAUACAUGCAAGCAAUUCAAAUCUUAAGCGAUUAUUGGAUGCCAGAAAAUAUUCCGUCAUUAACAAAUAACGAUAUUCAUACACUAAUUGUCACAAGAAUCGCGAUAUGUCUUAAAAAAGAUAGUUCAAUUUAUACUACAAUUGUAGAAAAGAUUAUGUUAUAUGAUAAAAAAGAUAUCGCACUUUCAAAUCAUGAUAUUUCUAAUAUUUCAUGGAAUCAGCUGUGUUUGUUGCUAGAAGUUAUAAGAUUGCUUAAAACACUCGUCCAAAAAGUUCCAUCGAAGUUACAAUACGAACAUUGGGAUUUUAUUUUGAUAUCUCUUACUACAUGGCAACAGUUAUUUACUAAUUUCGAACUUAAUUAUACUGAUAUUAAAAUAAUGGCAUUAAUGAUAGCAGUUAAUCAAUUAUACUAUGCAGUUCAAACUUUAAUGAACAAACAUGAGCAAGAACCAAUACCAGAAUUACCUCCUGCACUUUUGGAUGAAUGGAUAAAUGUAUUCGCUAAUUGCAUAAAUAGUGGUAUUGUCAAAACUUGGAUGUUUUGUGCGGAUUUUUACAAUCAAGAUACAGUUACUUUAAAAUCUAUUAUACUAUUAGAUUCUUUAGGAAAAACAAUUAGUAUUCUUGAUAAAAACAUAUUAUUCGAAAAAUUAGACGAACACUCUGAAACAAUUAAUUUCAAUGAGAUGUUAGAACUGUCUCUGAAAUUAUUACAAUCUCCUAUACCUAGUAUUCAAUUGGGAGCUUAUUAUGCAUUGAAACAUAUGGUAUCAAAACUUGUACAAUGUGACAAAAUUCUUAUUGAAUCUGAUAACUUUGAAUCAAACAAUUUUAAUAUUAGGAGAUUCAAAGCAGUACUAUUAAAUACACAAAAUAUUGUAAAUACAAUGCUCAUGGAGUUCAAAUUAUGUGAUACAACAAGCUGCACAAUCCAACCGUUUACAGAUUCUUAUACAUAUACAUUAGGAUAUUUGCUAUUGUGGACAAUUGUGUUAGAUAUGUGUGCAGAUGCUCAUAGUGAUUUACGGUAUCAAUAUGCCGAAAUAUUGAAGAAUGAUUUUUUUCCUUGUCUGUUAAAUAAUAUCUUUAAGUUAAUGCCCGUGGAAGUACUACAGGAUAAUAAAAAAAAAACUGUAAAACUGUUGGAAGCAUUUACCACUACUCCAUCGUUUAAUUUUGGAGAAAGUUGGACAGAAUGGAGAUUAGAUCAUAUUGUAUGCUGGUUAUAUACAAACUGCUUGCGACAUUUACCAGUAUUAGUGAGACAAUGGCUGAGUACAGCUGAUAGUAAAGUCAGUGCAAUAAUAGAUAAGAUUACGAGUCAUUAUAUCAGUCCUAUGCUUUGUCAAGAAGAGCUUAAUAACAGAUUAGUUAAUGUUGAAAAUAUGCAGAUAAAGGUGCAUCCAACAACAAGAGAAGUAAUAGCCUUAUAUCAAAUGGAUGACACAAAAUUGGAAUUAAGCAUAGUGCUACCGUCAAAUCAUCCCUUAGGUACAGUAAAGGUAGAAUCUGGUCAACAGAUUGGUGGUACAGCAAACUGGAGAAACUGUCAUAUGCAACUCUCUAUAUUUCUCACACAUCAAAAUGGUUCUGUUUGGGAUGGUCUCAUAAUGUGGAAACGUAAUUUGGAUAAGAAAUUUGCAGGCGUUGAAGAGUGUUACAUAUGCUUUAGUAUUUUCCAUAUUAACACAUAUCAAAUACCAAAAUUGUCAUGCCAUACUUGUCGUAAGAAAUUUCACACUCUCUGCUUGUAUAAAUGGUUCAAUACAAGUCAAAAAUCUACUUGCCCGAUUUGCAGAAAUGUGUUUUAAUUUAAUUUGAAAAAAUAUAUUGUGUGACAAUACAAAACACAAUUUAAAAAUAAUGAAAGAGAAGGACAGUAUAUAUGUGAAAUAAAUAUAUGUGUAAACAUAUGUAUAAAAUUAUAAUUAUGUGUAUAAAAAUAAAUUUUUAAUAAGAACUGAAAGAGAAUGUCAACGAUAAUAAUAUUAUAUGCAGCAACAAAUUAUAAAGUAAUAUAAUCGAAUUGUUGACUACUUUU